UAUGAAGACAGUAGAUGGAUUUCAACUUGUAAUAAUUCAUCAAUGUAAAGGGAAUGCAAGGCAAAGUUGAAUAAUACAUGCAGACAUAGUUUUGGUAUGAAAUACAGAACAAAAGAAGGGUUUAAACUAAGGGAGAAUACUACUUUGAAAGUGUGCAAGGAGCUACAACAGUAACGAGCAUCUUAAUACAGAAAACAUUUGACAAUACAUACAGGAGAGCAAUGUUUGAGCCAAUGCAUGAUAUUCAAGAAGAAACAGCUGAAGAUAUAAAAAUGCACAAAGCAAAGAAAAACUUUAAAUGUGAUGCUUGUGAUUUUUCAUCUAAAUCAAGUAGUAGACUGAAUAUUCACAUGAGAAUUCAUACAGGAGAGAAACCCUUUAAAUGUAAUGUUUGCGAUUAUGCAGGUAGUGAAAGAAGUCAUUUGAUGACACACAUGAGAAUUCAUACAGGAGAGAAACCCUUUAAAUGUAAUUUUUGUGAUUAUGUAGGUAGUCAAAAAAUUCAUUUGAAGAGCCACAUGAAAAAGCAUACAGGAGAAAUGAGCUUUCAAUGUAAUAUUUGUGAUUAUGCAAGUUGCAUAAAAAGUAACCUGAAGAAACACAUGAGAAAACAUACGGGAGAGAAGAGAUUUAAAUGUGAUCUUUGUGAUUAUAGAUUUAAUACAAAGUGUAAUCUGAAGAUACACGUAAAGAGAAAACAUACAGGAGAGAAACCCUUCAAGUGCAAGAUAUGCGAUUAUGCAUGUGUUGAAAGGAGUGAGCUGAAGGUCCAUAUGAGAAUACAUACUGGAGAAUAUUUUUAUGAAUGUACAAUUUGUGAUUAUGCAUGUAAUCAAGCCACUAAUCUGAAGAGACAUAUGCUUAAACACACAGGGGUACGAAGCUUUAAAUGUGAUAUUUGUGAUCAUGCAUUUUACACAAUUUAUGAGCUAAAAUUACAUAUGGGAAUACAUACAGGAGAUAAAUGCUAUAAUUGUGAUAUUUGCGGUUCUGCAUUUAACUUGAAAAGUAGUCUGACAUCGCACAUUGGAACACAUUUAGGAGAGAAACGCUUCAGCUGUGAUUUUUGUAACUAUGUUUGUAAUAAUAGCAGUCAUCUUAAAGAGCAUAUGACAAUACAUGCUGAAGAGAAAAGCUAUAAGUGUAAGUUUUGUGAUUAUUCCUGCAACUCGAGAGCUUAUCUGAGAACACAUAUCAAUAUACAUACAGGAGAAGCAAAGAUCUUCAAAUGUGAUGUUUGUGAAUAUUCAUGUCACCAUCGCAGUAAUCUGAAUAGACAUAUGGCAAUACAUACAGGAGAGAAACGCUUUAAAUGCAAUAUGUGCGAUUAUGUGUGUAAUGUAAGAAAUUCUCUGAACACGCAUAUGGCAACGCAUACAGGAGAAAAACGCUUUAAAUGUGAUGUAUGUGAUUGUGCAUACCACGAUGGCAGUAGACUGAAGAGGCAUAUGAUAGUACAUACAGGGGAGAAACCUUUUAAAUGUGAUGUUUGUGAUUAUGCAUGCAAUCUAAAAAGCAGUCUAAAAACACAUAUGAACAUUCAUACAGGAGAGAAAAGUUUUAAAUGUAAUAUUUGUGAUUAUGCCUCCUACCAGAGCAGUAGUCUGAAGAGACAUAUGGCAACACAUACCGGAGAGAGACGCUUUAAAUGCAGUUUUUGUGAUUAUGCAUGUAUUCAAAAAAGAUCUUUGAUCAAGCAUGCUUUGAAAGUGAACAGAAUGGAUCUGAAUUCUGAUCAGACUGCACGGUUCUGCAAAGCCAAAACUACAAGAAUAACUAUCAUCUUAAUGCAGAAAAUGCUUCACAUACAGGAGAAAAUGUUUGAAAUUAAGGAUGAUAUUCAAGCAGAAAACAAGGAAAAUACAAAAAUGCAGGACAUAAAGAAAAGAUUUAAAUGUGAUGUUUGUAAUUUUGCAUCUAAAUCAAGGAAUAAACUGAAGGUUCAUAUGAGAAUUCAUACAGGGGAGAAACCCUUUAAGUGCAAGAUAUGCGAUUAUGCAUGUGUUGAAAGCUCCAACCUAAAGGGCCAUAUGAGAAUACAUACAGGAGAAUAUCUAUAUAAAUGUAAAAUGUGUGAUUAUAAAUGUAAUCAAUCCAGUAAUCUGAAGAGACAUAUGCUAAAACACACAGGAGUGCGAAGCUUUAAAUGUGAUGUUUGUGAUCAUGCAUUUUACACAAUUUAUGAGCUAAAGAAUCAUAUGGAAAUACAUACAGGGGAUAAAUGCUAUAAUUGUGAUAUUUGCGGUUCUGCAUUUAGGUCGAAAAGUACUCUAACAGGACACAUUGAAACACAUGUAGGGGAGAAACGCUUCAGCUGUGAUUUUUGUAACUUUGUUACAAAUACUAACGGACAUUUAAAGGAACAUAUGGCAGUGCAUACUGAAGAGAAGAGUUAUAAAUGUCAGUUUUGUGAUUAUUCCUGCAACUCAAAGGCUUAUCUGAGGACACAUAUGAAUAUACAUACAGGAGAGGCAAAGAUCUUUAAAUGUGAUGUUUGUGAUUAUUCAUGUCACCAUCAGAGUAAUCUGAAGAGACAUAUGGCAAUACAUACUGGAGAGAAACGCUUUAAAUGCAAUAUGUGCGAUUAUGUGUGUAAUGUGAGAAAUUCUCUGAACCGGCAUAUUGCAAUGCAUACAGGAGAAAAACGCUUUAAAUGUGAUGUCUGUGGUUAUGCAUAUCACGAUGGCACUAGUCUGAAGAGACAUAUGAUAGUACAUACAGGAGAGAAACCUUUUAAAUGCGAUGUUUGUGAUUAUGCAUGCAAUCUAAGAAGCAGUCUAAAAACACAUAUGAAGAGACAUACUGGAGAGAAAAGCUUUAAAUGUAAUAUGUGUGAUUAUGCCUCCUACCAUAGCAGUGGUCUGAAGAGACAUAUGGCAACACAUACAGGAGAGAGACGCUUUAAAUGUGGUUUUUGUGAUUAUGCAUGUAAUCAAAAAAGAUCUCUGAUCAGGCAUAUGAAACUACAUACUGAAGAAGAAUGUAAAUGACAUGUCUGCACAUAUACAUGUACUCAAGAAUUUACAUGCCUUAAAAUGAAUAUCCAAAAACAGAAAGAGGAGACAAUCUUUAAAUGUGAAGUAUGUGACUGUGCAUUUACAACAAGAGGUAAUCUAAGACAAAACAUACAGGACAAGAAAUGAUAAAAAGGUGAUAUUGAAUGAAUAGGUCUUUUGUACAUAUAAGCUGUGACCCCUAUAUGUAUUUAUAGAAUGCCCUUGGUCUAAUAUGAAAAUGCAUACAGGAGAGUAAUGUUUAAUAUGGUGCAUGUAUGUAAGAUGGUGUAAUCAAAGCAGUUAUCCGAAGAAACAAUUGAAAAAAAAAAUUUUUGAACAUGAUUUAUUAUUAAUCAUGUAUAAUAUUCAAAUAAAUCUUUUCAAAAAAGUUGGUUAAAUUGUAACACAAAUCACACGUGCUUAGAUAUUUUA